CUGACUGGUCACAUUUAACACCUGAAGACAUGUUAUUGUUAAACGUUUUCGUGAACUGACAAGAUGCGUGUUUUUGUGCUCAUCAUGUGCGCCUGGGCAUGCCAGGGAAGGGAGUUUGUGGAUAAAAUGGACCGCUACCUCAUCGCCUGCCACACCACCGACUUCACAUGUUUCAAGCGCCAAUACACGGCGCUCAGAGACAAUGUGGUUUUAGGCAAUGUUAGACUGGCCAUCGACAAUUUUGAGCCCUUCUCUGUGCAGUACGGGUCCGACUGCGUCAGGAUUGACGGAUGGACUGAGAGCGAACUUAUCGGGAUUGGAAUGGACGGCAGCAGCAAGGAGCUGAUCAUGGCUUUGGAACUGCCCGUGUACAUGAAACAAGUGAAGAACGACACGAACUGCGCGAAGCCCGAGCGAGAAUUUACAAACAUUGAUCAGUACUCACACAACGGAACUCUCAUGGAGUUUACAGGUAAUGCGACGGUAUCGGUCACGUUCCCCUUCACUCUGCUCAAGAAGAAAGGCGAAGUUUACCUCGUGUUGGGCCAAGAAGAGGUGGACGCUCUUGUGGACAUCCCUGUGUAUGUCUCUGAGGGAGGGGUUGAAGGUGCCGAGGCUGCAGAAUUGAACCAGGCCUCCGACUGGGCGUUCAACAUCGUGCAACACAUCGAGGCCGCAAGGGACUUCGCUGUACCCUUCACCGGCAAUCUCCGUACCGCAUUGCAGAGAAUACCUCUUAAAAGACUGAUGUUGCUGUACCCAGAAGAAGAUUAUUUAGAUCUGCAGUUCGGUUUCAUAGACCCAAUGGCUCUUCUUUAA